CUGAAUCCAAGCUCAAUGAGUCAUGGGAAUAACUUAGGUAGUGGGGCGGCCACACGGCUGGCGGGAAGAGGCAGUCAGCUGACGGCCCAGGAAGUGGUAGAUGCCUCACAAAAACUUGGUGUCCUAACACCCGGAACACGGUGGGCGCGAGGCAGCGGCGAGCACUUAGGCAUAGACAGGAUGCAGAGAGGCACGCCGGAGCGGAGGCUGCACCACAGGAAGCUGUAUAAGAAUGCACGUGGCAGAACUCCCCCCUGGAAGGAUGUUUAUCGCAAGCGCUGUAUGGAACGGCUGCGGUCCAGCAGAUCACAGCUGGUGGAUCACUUUCGUUCAGCUGGAGAUGCCAUCAACAAUAACAAUAACAUCAACUUGCCGGCAGCCAGGAGGGUGCAGGAUGCGAUGGAGGUGGAGUGGGUCGCCAUGAGUCCAGGCACUGGUUUUCCCCUCUCAUGUCAGGAAGAUUCCCAAGAUGAUGAGGCAUUAAUGGCUCUUAUGGAAGAGAUUCAUCAAGAACUCAUAUCAGAGGAGGAAAAAACAAUCAUGGAUGUUCUCAAUUUUGAUACAGCUGCUCUGGCCAACCAAGUUGCCCUUCAGGCAGAGGAGGUAAUCUGCCCUGUGUGUCAGGUUCAGGGACUGCAGGAAUCAAACCAAUCAACAGUUGUCUCCAGAGAUGUGUUUGGGUCAAAUCUCCUUGUGUGUGGGUGUGGGUUAUCUCUGCAGGGUGCCAACCUUACACUUAAUACAGUAAAAUCAAGCUUAGAGAAUACAUUAACCCAACAUAGCCAGACCUGCCUUGGGAGGAUGUCAUUUACGUCAACCACAGACACUCAGGGUGCUAAUGUUCUCAUAACUUGUAGUCUCUGUGAUUGGAUGUCCUUCCUUUUGUAAGAUGUGUAUUACAUGAGCAGGCUGUGCUUGACAUCUUCAUUUACUUCCCAUGGUUUCAUAUCAUAUAUGUACUUUGGUCUGUGCUGAAAAUAGGUUUAAUAUAUUGUCAUGAUGAUAGUAAAUGAUAAGGGUUGGGAGGUAAUUGAAUUAUUAUACUUCAUUCCAUUUCAUCUUAUCAUAUGACAUCUUUUUCCACAUGCUUUGUGCUUCCCAGAAAGAAGACUCAAGUUAUGCCUACAUAUAUAGUGAUAGUUUCUAUACAUAGGAUUAUUCCUAAUGAAUUUGGUAUUGUAUAUACUGGUGAUAAAAUUUUACGCUUCUGCAUGAGUUGGCUGAAGAGUGUGAGAGAGGGAUUGUUAUGGUUAAGGAAGAGAAAUUAUGUUGUAGAGUAUGGUAAUACACAUGAUAGGUUUUAUCUGCAUUUACAUGAAUUUGUAGUACUGGAUGGGGAUGAGAAGGAUUUAUGUAAGGUGCUUGGAUGCUUUGUGUUUUGGACCAAGGAAGUAUAGGUAAGUACUCCUGAAUAUUGAGAGAAAUGAGUGUCAAAUGGCUUUUUAUUAGUGAGUAUAUGACGGGGUAGCAACAGUCAGAGUUACUGAAAAGAUGGAAAAUCUACCUUUACAACCUAUAAAGAUUUUAGUUUAAAUUUAUUAGUUCAGCUCCCUGUAAAUUCAUUUGAUUUUGGAAGUUCUGUUUGAUUUGUUAUUGGUUAACUUUUGUUGAGGUAAACUGUAGCCAUGUGGAUAGAAGAUUGAUCUUCAUUCAAUUAUUUUGUAUCUGUCCUUAAUAAUUAAAAUUUGAAUGUCAGUACUUUUGAUAAAUGCACAUACCAUAUCUAGUCCAUUGUGUAUUUAUUCAUGUAAUGAUAUUAUCAAAUACCUUCACAUGUGGUGUAUGAUGAAAUUCUUUGUAAUAGUAUAUGAAAAUCAGUCUAGGAGAAACCACUCCUGGACAAAGGUGCAAAGUUAUUUGAAACAUUUGAUUUGAGAUAUGGUUCAUGAUAAUGUUAAUUAUGUGAACUGAUGUGGUGCUGUGAUGUAUUGGCUUAAAUUCACAUUAAUGACCAGUGUUGUAUUCAUGUUUGUAUCUUGUGUGCCAAUGAUUUUUUCUUUAUAUCACAAUAUUGAUAUGAAUAAUUGUUUUCUGUUUGUAAGUUGAGUUUUAAUUAAGAUUUUUAGUAUGCUGAUAUUUGAAUUUAGCUCUCUAAUGAAUAAAAUAUUUUCAUUUUA